ACUACUUACUAGGUAGCAUAGAAUAUAUAUGGUGGCAACCCAUACUAAUUUCCAUUGCUUAAUUAGAAUUUAGGUGGGUUCACACUUUCACAUAACUACCCUCUAAGCAAAUACCAGAUCAUAUAUAUAUAGUGGUAGACAGAGCAAGUCGAGCUCAUUAUUCCACCGGAAAUGGGUGCAAAGAAGCCAUACGUUGUCGCCUUUCUAAUACAAGCAACAUAUGCUGGCAAUGUCUUGCUUUCCAAGGCUGCAUUUAAUGCCGGUAUGAGCACUUUCGUCUUCGUCUUCUACAGACAAUUUGCAGGAACUCUUUUCUUACUGCCUUUUGCCAUCGUUUUUGAGCGGAAAAGUCCGAAUCCGCUUUCCAUGGCAAUCUUCUGCAAGAUUUUUAUGCUAGCUUUUCUUGGGAUUACUUUGUCCUUGAAUGUUUAUGGUGUUGCCCUCGUUUACACUUCUGCAAAUCUUGGUGCUACAACAAUUAAUUGCCUCCCUGUCACAACAUUUGCCUUUGCAGUUUUGCUCGGGAUGGAAAAGGUGAACAUUAGGACAGCUCCGGGAAUUGCAAAGGUCGCAGGUAUAGUAGUGUGCAUGGCUGGUGUUGCUGUCCUUGCUUUCUAUAAAGGGGCCCAUUUGAAACCUUUAGUCCACCAUGGUUUGGAAUUUGGUCACGGAAACCGGGAUCAUCACGAUCAUGUUUCUUCUGCCAAACGGAUGUUGGGUUGUUUCCUCUUGUUAGUUUCUUCCAUGUGUUGGGGCCUAUGGCUCGUUCUCCAGGCCCAAAUCUUGAACAUCUACCCAUCGAAGCUGGCAUUCACUAGCCUCCAGUGCCUGUCAAGUGCAAUUCAGUCAUUUCUUUUAGCUGUAGCUUUCAAGAGGGACCUCCGGGACUGGAAGCUGGCCUGGAAUGUUAGACUGCUCUCAGUAUUAUACUGCGGUAUCUUGGUAACGGGCCUAGCAUACUAUUUGCAAACAUGGGUGGUUUCAAUGAAGGGUCCAGUUUUUCUAGCUAUGACAACACCUUUAUGUCUGAUUAUGACAAUCCUUGGUUCCAUGUUUGUCCUAGGCGAGGUCAUUAAUCUAGGAAGUGUCUUAGGUGGCGUCUUAUUGGUGAUAAGCCUUUACAGUGUCUUAUGGGGGAAAAGCAAAGAAGAACGUAUGGAGAACCAAUUGUUACCAGUUCAAGAUGAAGAAAAAUCCACAGAUUUGAAAGAAACAGAAGCCUCAAUUGCCAAACCAACCUCAUUGGCACAAAAUAUGUGAUCAGUUGAGGACUGCCAAUAAGCUAUAGACCUAGAAAUUAAUCAACAUGUGUAAGAGAUUAAAAAUGUUACAAGAAAAGGAAUUCUUAUAUUCUCAAU